AUGGAGCGGGUUGUGACCGCAGCCAUACUUCUGGGAUCUGCAGUUUCAGCUCAGAAGCGCAUCGUCGGGGGAGCCGAGUGUCGUCCUCACUCUCAACCGUGGCAAGUCUUCCUCUACGACAGCUUUCAGAACUAUUGCGGUGGCGUCUUGAUUGAUAAAUACUGGGUAGUAACCGCUGGACAUUGUCAUGCCUGGCAAGUCUCUGGGCCUGUGGGAAGGAAUAACAAAGGACUCGAAAGAUCUAUCAUCGUUUUUCUUGGACUUCACAAUCUGUGGAAGAAAAGAGGGGCCCAGGUUACCCGAGUUGUCCAGGCCAUCCGCCACGCUGCUUUCGAACCCGUGCUCCUGAACAAUGACAUCAUGCUUCUGCGCCUGAACCGCCCCGCCAUCCUGGGGGGUAGAAUCAAGCCCAUUCCGAUGGCGAAACUGUGUAUAAGCCACCACAACAGGCCCCAUCAACCUACUCACCCAAAGAUUCAUCUUGCAGUAAAAUACACUAGAAACCUGCAGUGCACUGAAGUGACGGUCCUGCCCAAAAAAGUAUGCCAGAAUAUCUACGGGCCCAACUUCAUCGACAGUGAGAUUUGUGCAGGAGCUAUUGAAGGAGGAAGAGACGCCUGCCAGGGUGAUUCUGGAGGCGCCAUGGUCUGCAAUGGGGUUCUUCAUGGCUUGGUCUCGUGGGGAGACGAGCGCUGUGCAGCUAAGAAUAAACCUGGCGUCUAUACUGAAAUCUGCAAAUAUAGGGGAUGGAUCAUAAAGAACAUCGCUGACUGACUGACUGCAUUAGUUCCCAAUAAAUCUUUGGAAGC